GAUUGCGCAUGCUGUUUAUACUUUUAUAACCUAUUUCAAAUUAAUAAUUUUGAUUGUUUUUAAGUGAUUUAAGUUUUAUGUAUUAAAAAUGGUUAAGAAGAACCCAAAAUCAUCUAUUUCUGAAGACGACACAGAGGCUUCAAUCGUCAAUGAGAAUGGAAAGCGGUCCGCAGAAGACCAAAACAAAGAUGGGGCAAAGCGAGUAAGAACCAAAAGCUUAUACCGUCAGCCAACAGUGAACGAGUUAAACAGACUACAGGAGACAGAAAACUUGUUCAACUCUAAUCUUUUUCGCUUACAAAUCGAUGAAAUCAUCCAAGAAGUCAAAAUAAAGGAGAAAACUGAAAAGAGGUUCCAACAGUUCUUCACAGAAUUAAAAAAUCAUUUGCUGUCUAUACCUCAAGAUGGUACGGAUUACGAUUUGUCUGAAGAGACCCUUGCUAAGAAACUGAAAGUAAAAUUACCAAUAAGUGAGAAGUUGAGUAAAACAAAAUGUGUUUUCAAGUUCCACAAGUUCUCUAAUGUGGAAAUUGUUGGUUCAUAUGCUUUGGGGUGCUCUAUUAAUUCCAAACUGGUAGUAGACUUACAAAUAGCAGUUCCCAGUGAAACAUACACUAAGAAUGACUCUGUAAACUACAGAUAUCAUAAGAAGAGGGCAGCAUACUUAGCUUAUAUAGCAUCCCAUUUAUCUAAAUUCCAAUCCAUUGAAGAAUUACAAUACUCAUACAUUAACGAUUCUGAAACUAAGCCAGUGUUAGAUUUCAAGCCUACUGGGAAACUUGGCAACCACUUAAAAGUCCGUAUCAACUUAGUAUGUGAAAGUGAAGCAUAUAAGUUGCAUCGAUUCAGUCCGGAGCGUAACAACUUGAGAGAGGCAUGGUUGUUCAACCAAAACUCAGAAAAUGCAACCGAAGUUGGUCCACCGACACCGUAUUAUAACAGCAGUGUAUUAUCUGACUUGACGGCUACAGAAAAUCAAGAAUUCUUGAAUGAAACUCUGCAAAGGAGUGAGAAUUUAAAGCAAGCAGUUACGUUGCUAAAGAUUUGGUUGCGACAAAGAAAUCUGAACGUGUCUGGUCAUAUUGUUGCUCUGCUUGUUGCGUAUUAUGUACAGACUAAGAGAAUAAACAAUAUUAUGAGCAGUUAUCAAAUUGUUAGGAAUGUAUGGAUUGCACUCAAAGCAUCAGAACUAGACACAAAAGGCAUUUCCCUCCACAAGGGCGAAGGGCCACCAUCCCUCGAGGAGUUCCACAAACACUUUCCCGUAGUAUUCACCGAUAAGACAGGGUACUACAACAUUUGUUGGCAAAUGUGCCGCGGUACUUACAAUGCGUUGAAGAGAGAGUGUGCGCUUGCUGUUGAAAUGUUGGACAAUGGGAAAAUUAACAGCUUUAUUCCGCUGUUUAUGACGCCUGUUAAGCCUUUGUUGAAGUUUGAUCAUAUGUUGAGAUUCAAAAACCUCAAAAAGUUAAAAGAGGCACUCCUAUCGAAAACAUCCAAGGAGGUUAAACUCAACUAUGGCGUAGAACAGUUGUACCUCAUUACUGACGUGCUAUACAACCUUCUUGCUAAAGGUCUUGGUAAUAGAGUGGAUUUGAUACAGCAGUUAGUUGAGGCUGAUUUCUCGUGGCCUGUUAACAGUAGCUUGGAUAAGGCGAGGAGUGGGUUUGAAGAAAACCUAUCUUUUGGGUUUGUAUUGAACCCAGAAAAUUCAAUAAAUGUGGUAGAAAAAGGACCGCCUGCUAACUUGCCUGAAGCUGAAGAGUUUAGAGCAUUCUGGGGCGAUAAGUCAGAGCUGCGUCGGUUCCAAGACGGCUCCAUCACGGAGACAUGCGUGUGGGAGGGGGAGACCAUGACCGAGAGACGUACUGUCACCAAACAGAUCAUUGACUACCUGCUCAAACUUAAGUUUGCCAUUCCCCCCUCGGCCACCUACCACGUAUCGGCCCAGUUGUCAAGCGUACUGGCCCGCAAGCAAUGGGCGAGUUCACACGUGCUGUACUCCGACGACAGCUCGCUGUCAGUGCUGCAGGCGUUUGACGCUCUGCGCAGAGACCUGAGGCAGCUCACCCAGCUGCCGCUUGAUAUUAGUGCUGUUUAUGGAGUAUCAUCAGUGUUCAGCUACUGCAACCCCCUCCCCGCGCUGCCGCACCCCGGCCCGCGCCGGCCCUGGCAGCGCGGCAGCGCGUGUCUCGUGAAGCAUAGCGACGUCGCCUCCAUGCCCGAGUACAUCCCUGUGUGUAGAGCUGUUAUUGAGCUGGGUCACAGCGGCAAAUGGCCAGGCGAAAUCCACGCCUUCCGUUGCCUCAAAGCUGCCUUCCACCUUCAGAUCGCCGAGAGACUAGCUACCCAAUACUCUCUCCCUACCCAAGCUUACCCAACCCAUAUCGACGUACUCAAAGACGGCCUGGUCUUCCGACUAGAGAUUGGACAUCCGAAAGAGAUAACUCUUCUUAAGAGGGAGUUGGAGAAUGGAGUUGUGAAGUUCAGGGAGAGUGAAGAGAGCGUUAAGUUGCAGUGUGAUACUGUGCUUAUGCCGCGGUUGAGAGGGGCCUUGCAUGGGCUACACCAAAAACACCCCUCCUUCGGUCCAACAGCCUGCCUGUUCAAGCGCUGGCUAUCCGCCCACCUCCUUCACCCCCACUUCCCUCCCACGGUUGCCGAGCUGAUGGUUGCCGCAGUAUACCUCCACCCGCAGCCCACGCAACCACCAGCGGAGCCCACUGUUGGACUGGUGAGGGUGUUGAAUCUGCUGGUGAACUUUGAUUGGGCUAGGGAUAUGAUCGUGCUGGAUUUCAAUGAGGAUAUGUCUCGCGAAGAAAUUUCCCAAAUAGAACAGAAAUUCGCUGCCAACCCCGACAGUGCACCUUGCGUCCGCAUAGUGACGGCAUACGAUGGCACCUUGCCCUCUGUGUGGAGCAAUAGUGCACCUUCUAAGCAGGUGCUAGCCCGGGCCAGGCUGCUGGCUAACAGUGCACUACAGUAUAUGGACCAAGCCAUGCUACAAGAAUAUAAGGAUAAUAUAUUGGGCAUGUUCAUCCCAUCCCUGUCCGGCUACAACGUACUCAUCCACCUCCAUCCCGCCCUCGUGGCGUACAGCGGCGAGCGCGUGGACAGCAGCCCGGCGCUGCGGCGGCUCGCCGGCGCCGGGCACGUCAUACCCGUCACGCACUUCCAGCCUGUCGCUAUGUACUUGCAGGAGUUGACGAGUGCAUACGGUGAUUUUGCGUUGUUCUUCCACGACACAUACGGCGGUGAAGUUAUUGCCGUCUUGUGGAAACCUGACAUCAAUGAUGAUAGGGAAUUCCAGUUGACAAACGCGAAUGCCCUCAAACCAGUGACAGUGAACGGAGAGACAAAAUACAGAGUGAACAUUGAAGCGUUAAUAGAAGACUUCAGAAUAUUGGGAGAAGGCCUCGUUAAAGAUAUUACUGUAAAUUGAAGGUUAUUGACAUAGUAAUAAAGUUUAUUUUAAGAAUUAA